AUGGGUAUUAAAGGAAUCUACGGAGAGCUUGGCUAUGGACAGCGCGUGUCGCUGUCUAAACUCGCCGCUGACACGCUCAAGGCAGAGGGCCGCCCACUGCGACUUGCCAUCGACGUCGCUAUUUGGCAAUUCCAAGCCCAGGCUGCAAAAGGCGGCACGAACCCUGCCAUUCGAACACUCUUCUACCGACUCGUACGAUUGCUCGCCAUCCCCGUCCAACCAGUAUUUAUAUUCGACGGCCCAAACAAACCCACCACCAAGCGAAACAAAAGAUCCGGUCGCGGUGAUGGCGUUGCCAACUCACAGGCCAAGCGCCUCAUUCGCUUAUUCGGCCUGCCUGCUCUGGAUGCGCCGGGCGAGGCCGAGGCAGAGUGCGCGCUGCUCCAACGGCACGGCAUCGUGGACGCGGUCCUCAGCGAAGACGUCGACACUAUCAUGUUUGGCUGCACCAAGACAUUGCGAAACUGGUCCUCGGAGGGCAAGACGUCCAGCGCGCCUACGCACGUCUCGCUGUACGACACGGCUGCCGUGGCCAAUCACGGCCUGGACAGGCAGGGCAUGGUGCUCGUCGCCCUGAUGAGUGGUGGCGACUAUCUACCCUACGGGAUCCCUGGAUGCGGCAUCAAGGUUGCGUGCGAAGCUGCCAAUGCUGGCUUUGGCAGCUCCCUCUGCAGCCUCAAAACCUCUGACAAGGAGAGCAUCGACGCUUGGCGAGCUGAGCUGCGCCAAGAGCUCGUUACCAACGAAAGUGGCCACUUCCGAACAAAGCACAAGAGCUUGCAUAUCCCCGACGACUUUCCCAACAUGGAAGUCUUGCGAUACUACACUCACCCGGUCGUUUCUCCGCAGCACAACCUGGAAGCGAUUCGACAAAGGGUACUGCAACAUAGGAAGGUUGAUCUGGAAUCUCUUCGCGAGUUUUCCCGUGAGACCUUUGGCUGGGAUUACAAAGAAGGCGCUGUCAAAUUCAUCCGGGUGCUGGGUCAAGCGAUGCUCGUCCAAAACCUGCUGCAGUCGCGCAACCUCGUCCAGGACAUUUCAAAGCGCCGGACUCACUUUAGCACCGAUGCCACCCCGGAAUUGCGGUUGUCAUAUAUACCCCAAGAGGCGGUCCCGAUCGACUUGUCGACAGAAGUGGCAGAGGACAUCAACUAUGGGAGGGAUGGGCUCGCCCUCAACAGCGACGACGAUUUUGCCCCCUCGCAGGACGCGGCGGCGGCCAGGACGCCGCAGCCCUUUGACGUGACCACACCCGAGCUUGCUUGGGUUCUUGAGAGCGUCGCGCAGCAGUACGCUCCUGAAUCAAUACGAACGUUCGAAGCAGCAGAGGCGGCCAAGGCGCUUCGAAAACCGCCCCAGAAAAAGGCGCCCUCCAAAAAGCCGUCCAAACCUGUCAAGGACGCUGGCAUGCAGAAGAGCGCCAUUGACACUUUCUUUCGGAUCACCAAGAAGUCGGACCCGAGUAUACAAAGCGUCGCGAAGGAAAAGUCGCCGCCGCGACCGCGAAGAAACAUACCCUCGUCUUCCAUUGAUGCCAUCGUAACACAGUCCCAGGAGCUGCCUCCGCUACUCCGACUGCCAAGGACGCCUCCCCGAUCUCAAAGUAAGCAGACUGGCGCCUCGGCUACGAGCAGCCCGGACAAGGACGCAGCCCGCUCACACAUGCCGCCUAGACCCUCCCAAAGCGCUGCCUAUUCCGAAGCCAUUGUUAUCUCGUCCAGCCCUCCCCACCACGCCUCGCCACCCUCGUCUACAGCAGCAUCCUGCUCUCAGGCCCCUGCCUCACAGCCUGCGGCGGAUGCUGGCCCCGUACAUCCGCAGUCUGCCGCGGCUGCUUCGUCGUCGAAGCUAAACGGUGCGCCGAGGCAACCACAGAAGCCGGCAAAGGCUGCAGCAUCGAAGUCGGCUCCCAAGUAUAAGCAAACCUCGUUGGACGUCCUUACCUCCCGCAAGACUGCGGAGCCCAGGUCUAAGGAGCCGCCUUUGUCUUCUCUCACAAAGAAGCCGUCGUUUGACAACCCGUUCGAUGCCGAUUCCUCUCUACCAUCUAUAUCGGAGAUGAGAUCCCCAGAGCCCUCGUCGCCCAGCAAGCGCCGGUCUCAAGAGAGCCGGGCUGCCGGCGGCGGCGGCGGCGGCAGCCCCACGCCGUCGCGGAGGAAGAAGCUGCUCGUCCCCGGCGCCGCGGGCACGCUGCGCGAGGUCGAAGUCGACGUCGACGAGAGGGACGAGGUCAUUGCCCGGUUUGCCGCGUCUACCAAAGGCAACAGCAAGGGCAAGGUGCUCCGGCUGAGCGACAUCUCCGUCAUCGAUCUUACGCAAGAAUAG